AUGGAGAACAGGACAGAAGUGACAGAGUUCAUUCUCCUAGGACUAACCAAUGCUCCAGAAUUACAAGUGCCCAUCUGUGUCAUUAUCAUUUUCAUCUACCUUAUCAAUGUGUUUGGAAACCUGGGGAUGAUUGCUUCGAUUCUUUUAGAUUCUCGUCUGCACACCCCCAUGUACUUCUUCCUAGGUAACCUGUCCCUGGUGGACUUGGGAUACUCUUCUGCUGUUUCUCCCACUGUUGUGGCUGGGCUGCUUGUGGGAGACCAGGCCAUUUCCUACAAUGCUUGUGCUGCUCAGAUGUUCUUUUUUGUAGCUUUUGCUACUGUGGAAAGUUACCUGUUGGCCUCUAUGGCCUAUGACCGCUAUGCUGCAGUGUGCAAGCCUUUACAUUACACCACCACCAUGACCACAAGUGUGUGCUCUUGUCUUAUCCUAGGCUCCUAUAUCUGUGGCUUCCUGAAUGCCUCCAUCCACGUUGGAGACACAUUCAGUCUCUCCUUGUGUAAUGACAAUGUGGUCCACCAUUUUUUCUGUGAUAUUCCGGCAGUCAUGGUUCUCUCCUGUUCUGAUAGACAUUUCAGUGAACUUGUUCUUGUUUAUAUUGCAGGCUUUAAUAUCUUUUUCGCUCUCCUUGUUAUCUUGAUAUCCUACAUAUUCAUUUUUGGUACCAUCAUAAAGUUGCAUUCAGGUGCAGGGCAUCGAAAGGCUCUGUCCACCUGUGCCUCCCACUUCACUGCCGUCUCCAUCUUCUAUGGCACUAUCAUCUUCAUGUACCUGCAGCCCAGCUCCAGUCACUCCAUGGACACGAACAAAAUCUCCUCUGUGUUCUACACCAUAGUCAUCCCCAUGCUGAACCCCAUAGUCUACAGCCUGAGGAACAAGGAGGUUAAGAGUGCAUUCAAAACACUUAUUUUGAAGGUAAAAGAGCUUUAUUUUACUGGUGCAUGGUGA